ACAAAAUCAACAACAUAGAUAACGCGUCCCGUUUUGUUCACUCUCCGCGGCUCCGCUCCGCAAGCGAGCAACCAUGGCGAAAUCUCUCCUCCUCUACGGCGCCGACCUCUUUCAGUCCCACCUCAUCGUCAAGAUCUUCGUCCUUUUCUUCACCGCUCUCGUCUCAUUCUACCUCGGAAUGAACUGGAACGAUGUCUCCCCCCAGCUCGUGUUUUUCUCCCGAGGCGGAGGCGGCGGCGAAGACACCGGCGGCCUCUCCGCCCCCUCCGUGUCCCUGUCCCCCAACUCCAAAAUCACAUUUGACUCCAAUUCCGUCGUUACCGACGCUACGCCGCCGAUUGCUGCGCCGCCCCCGCCCCUCGAUCUGACCUCCCCGCCGCCGACAAAGCAGGGGGUCGGAAUCGUCGAUGGAAACGGCACGAUGAGGGUAGAUUUCGACGAGGGGGAGGUGGAUCCGUCGGACGGGUGGGACGAGGGUAAUGCUGGGGUUAAUGAGACGGCCGCGGAAGGAGGAAAAGAGGGGGAUAAGAGUAUUAGGGUGAAGAUCGACAAGUUCAAGGCUUGUCCGAAGAAUAUGAGUGAGUACAUACCGUGCAUGGACAACGAGGAGGCCAUUAGGGAGCUUAAGUCGACGGAACGGGGGGAGAGAUUCGAGCGGCAUUGCCCGCAGGAGGGCAAGGGAUUGGAUUGCUUAGUUCCGGCACCAGAGGAUUACAAGAAACCUAUUCCCUGGCCCCAAAGCAGAGACGAGGUAUGGUUUAGCAAUGUGCCCCACACACGGCUGGUUGAAGAUAAAGGAGGACAAAAUUGGAUAUCUAGGGAGAAAGAUAAGUUCAAAUUUCCAGGUGGUGGGACUCAAUUUAUCCAUGGAGCAAAUGAGUACCUAGAUCAAAUUUCCCAGAUGGUUCCAGAAAUUGCAUUUGGUAAUCGUACAAGAGUUGCUCUUGAUGUUGGAUGUGGUGUAGCUAGCUUUGGUGCUUUUUUACUUUCACGGAGCGUGAUCACCAUGUCAAUAGCUCCAAAAGAUGUCCAUGAAAAUCAGAUUCAGUUUGCUCUUGAACGUGGUGUACCUGCAAUGGUAGUAGCUUUUGCAACUCAUCGCUUGCCAUAUCCAAGCCAGGCAUUUGAUCUAAUUCAUUGUUCAAGAUGCAGAAUAAACUGGACCCGUGAUGAUGGGAUUCUGCUUCUUGAGGUCAACAGAUUGCUCAGAGCUGGUGGUUACUUUGUUUGGGCAGCACAACCUGUUUAUAAGCAUGAGGAAGCCCAACAAGCGGCAUGGAAAGAUAUGGAGGACCUUACAUCUCGUGUUUGUUGGCAACUUGUGAAGAAGGAGGGCUACAUAGCAAUAUGGCAGAAGCCUUUCAAUAACUUGUGCUACAUGAGUCGCAACUCUGAAGUCCAGCCUCAACUUUGUGAUUCAGAUGAUCAGCCGAACAAAGUUUGGUAUGUUAGCCUAAAAGCAUGCAUUACUCGCCUUCCUGAGAAUGGAUAUGGAGCAAAUGUUUCUUCCUGGCCUGCUAGGUCUCAUGAGCCUCCACAAAGACUCCAAGAAGUUGACAUGGAUGCUUAUAUAGCAAGAAAUGAUAUUUUUGAGGCAGAGUCUCAGUACUGGAAUGAAAUUGUGGAGGGCCAUGUUCGUGUUUUUCAUUGGGAACAAUGGAAAUUGCGAAAUGUAAUGGAUAUGAGAGCUGGAUUUGGAGGGUUUGCGGUUGCACUAAUCAAUAAAAAAUUUGAUUGUUGGGUAAUGAAUGUAGUCCCAAUCAGCGAGCCAAAUACAUUGCCAGUGAUUUAUAAUCGUGGCCUUAUAGGAGUGACCCAUGACUGGUGUGAACCAUUUGACACAUAUCCAAGAACUUAUGACUUUUUGCACGCAUCUGAUCUAUUCUCUAUGGAGCAGAAGAGGUGCAAUAUCUCAGUCAUUUUACUGGAGAUGGAUCGGAUCCUCCGGCCAGGUGGGCAUGUACUUAUUCGUGAUUCCAAAGACAUCAUAGGAGAGAUUUCGGACAUCACACAGGCUAUGAACUGGAAGACUGACCUGCGUGACACUCCAGAAGGUCCAUAUGCUAGCAGGAGGUUAUUGAUGUGUGACAAGCCAUUCUCCUAGAACUUUAACUCUAUUUGUUGGAAAUUAGAUCUGCAAGAGCGCAUGUUUUUUCUAUUCAAUUGCUUUGGCGGCACUAUAGGAAACAACAUUUUCUAAAACUUGAUAUAAUGUGGUAAGCUUCUAUAAAUUGAGGUUUACAACCUGUAAGCAUUACACCUUGAUGUAGUCAAUGAGAUUUUCACAAAUUCUUACAA